GAGAGAGAGAGAGAGAGAGAGAGAGCGAUAGUGUGUGUUUGUGUAUGUUUAAAGCACACUGAAGCUUUUCUCCCCACCCACGAAGCAUCUACUGAAAUGAUAGUUGGGAAGAAGUUGUUUGUCAGCUGUUUCUUGGAGAUCACCGAAAUCCCUCCUGGCUACUAUGUGGAGAAGAAGAUCUUGGCUGUGGAGUCUCCCCCUCUGAUUGGUUACCUCACUUUGGGUUCCCCCACCUCCUCCUGACUCUCCUCUCUCUCUUGCUCCCCUUUGCAAAUAAACCCCUUCAUAGUGUCCUCAGGCUUACCUGAGCCACAGCUGCUCUCUCUCUCUCUCUCUCUCUCUCUCUCUCUCUCUCUCUCUCUAUCUCACGUGCACACACUUCGCUUUUCACCUGGAGAGUGCAGGCACAGCGGACGGCAUGCGCAGCAGCAGUUGACUCUCCUCACAUCAGUCUCUCUGAGUUGCCUCCUCCUGGAGUGUGAAGGGGGGACUCUGAGGAAGGACUUUGGAGUUAUUUGUCCCUUGGCUAAAGGACUCAGAGACGGAGGCCAUUGGACGACCCAGAGCCAGCAGGCAGUAUGAUUUUGGGAGGUAUACAUCGUGCCGGCGCAGCGGUGCCAGCAUUUUUGCGGACCCCAACAGUGAUCCAGCCCCACCUGGACAUGAAGCCCUUUCUGCAAUUCCCCAUGGAGACUCCUCCUCCUCCUCCUCCUCCACACAGCAUUAGCCUAUUCCACAACUUCAGCACGAUGGACCCAGUCCAGAAGGCUGUGAUCAACCACACCUUUGGAGUUCCACUGGUCAAGACCAAGCGGCCGGUCAUUUCCUGUAAUGUCUGUCAGAUCCGCUUCAACUCAGAGAACCAAGCUGAAGCCCACUACAAAGGAAACCGCCAUGCCAGGAGAGUCAAAGGCAUCGAGACCUCUAAGAGUCGCUCUCAAGAUGGCGACAAGCCUCAGACUGUGACCCCCACCACCUCUCCAUCUCCUCCAGGAGCCGCCGGCAAUGCCUCUGACAGCGAGACGCUCAAACAAGAUGAAACGCAGCCGUUCUCACAGUUCAACGAGCCCCUGCUUGCCCCAGGACAUCUUCCCCCUCAGACCACCCCACCUACCCCACCCUUGGACCCACUCUCUGUAUGUCCCCUCCUGCCCACUCCCACCCCUCCCAUGAGCUCCACUUCUUCCUCUUCGCCAGGCGGCAGUAUGCCCAACUCAGAGCCGCCCCUGGUCUCAGGAUCCAGUGGGCCAUCGGCCUCUGGCAGCCCAUCUGGCCCGCAGACAGAGGAGGACAAGGCAAAGAAGCUGCUGUACUGCUCUUUAUGCAAGGUGGCUGUCAAUUCAUUGUCACAGCUGGAGGCUCACAACAAAGGUACCAAACACAAAACUAUUUUGGAGGCUCGGAGUGGGCUGGGCCCCAUCAAGGCAUAUCCACGCCUGGGUCCCAAGCCCAGUGGGGAGCAGGGAGGUGGCCCAGUGGACCCCAACACUCAGGAAAGAACUUUCCACUGUGAGAUCUGCAACGUGCGGGUCAAUUCUGAAUUUCAACUCAAACAGCACAUAUCAAGUCGAAGGCAUCGGGACGGCAUGGCAGGCAAGCCAAACCCUCUCCUCAGCCGGCACAAGAAGCACAGAGGAGCUGAUCUGACGUCUUCUUUGACCUUCUCCAAGGAUCUCACCAAAGCUUUGGGCGCCGGCCUUCUACCCAGCCCCUUAGCUGUCGCCGCGGCCAUGGCAGCCGCCGCUUCCAGAAACCCGCUGGCUCUCCGCGCAGCGGCUCCAGCGCCUCACCCGCAUCACCACCUGCUGCAAGGACCGCCCCUCAGCCACGCCAUCUUGAGACCCGCUCCGGGGCCCAUUCGCACCGCCCACGGGCCCAUCCUCUUCUCCCCUUACUGACACAUUACCUGCUGACUUGGGCCCGGUGGGGAUGAGCCACUCCAAAAGCACACUGUGAAGACACAAACAUGAUCCACAGACAGCAACUGGUCCAAACGUAUUUAAAUAUGUACUGAUAAAAAAAAACAAUGAGAAAAAAGCCAAACUGCAAGUCUCUCAUGUUUCCCUUUACCUGAAACUCUUCCUCCAUUUCAGAGACUUCUGUGUGACCUGCAGAUGGAAUAGGCAGAGGAGAGAUAAUUAUUCACGAUGCAUUGGACUCCCUAGUACAGUUCGUACAUCCCUAACCCUCCCGGUUGCCCUCCCUUGGUCCCUUGCACUGUGGCCCAGUCAGUCAUGGUUGCCUGAAUAGCUACAAAAGAAACACAUGCGCACCAUCAAAUCCACAUGUAUCAUUAGAUAAAUACUCUGAGCCCUGUUGUUUUGCUCUCGUCACCAUGACAAAAUGUGCUCUUCUCAUCCUAUGCACUUAAAAAACAAAGACAAUGUUGUUUUGUAUGGUACUUUUGCGGAAAUAGUGGACUUUAUUUUGUGCGAGUAUAGGGGUGUUCGUUAGUAAUAAUGCACAUGCCCCCGCAAAUCUUCUUUUUGUAACAGUAACAAGAUACUAUGUAAUAGCUGCUGACAGGCAGAUGCAGCUCCCUUAUGAUGUCCUGAGAAGCUGAGAAGAGUGUUAGCACAGGUUGUUGGAUGGGCUGACCUUGGAGAAAUCUGUAUUUUUAAAAUAGAUUGUACCAACCAAAACAUUUCCACAGGACAUAUAUGCUAUCUGCCAACCUCACUCACAGUCAAAGAAGAGCAGCACAAAGGGUAGAAACCAGAACAGUUUGGGAACCUCCAAAGUGGGAUAUACAAUCAUCGGUUCAGGGGCACUGGUUGACUUCCAAGUUGUUCUCCUUUAAAACAAAAACAAACAAACAAACAAAGAAAAAUACACAACAUAUACACUACUCACAAAAAGCAAGGGAUUUGGGGCUUCGGGGUGAAAUUUCCAGCCGAACUUAAAAUGCACUACAACCUUUACAGGAGAACUUCAUUUCACCUUCUGUUAACUUUUGAACACACAUGUCCAACUAUUCAGUGUUUCAGUACUUUUUGCAAGUAGUCAUUCUCAACAAGUGUUCCAUGAGCCAUGAAAAUGUCUACUUCUUAGCCUUUCUGUGACUCUUCCAGUCUUUUGUAUCUCUGUUGCAACCUGUUGAGGACUCUUUAAGUUCAGCGGCCACUUCCCUCUGUACUGUUAAUCAAUCGUUUCGGUGUCGUCUUGGUCUGGUGACGUCAAAAUGUGAACAUUUUGAUGAAGAGGCCUGUUUAAAUACCAAUUGUAAUUGAACCAGGACAUUUAUUGGUCCAUACAUGUAUCAAACACUUGCUGAGAAUUUUGCCGUUGAGUUGCUUGAGAACAACAAGUUGGGAAAACAGUACUGAAACACCGAACAGUUGGACACCUGCAUACGUUAUAGGGCAUUUUGGGUUCAUCCUGAAAUUUUACCCCAAAGCCCAAUACCUAUAACUUAAUUUUUUUUGUGAGUAGUGUAAGUGUAGUUAAUGCUGAAACUACCACCAUCAAAAAAAGCAAAAAAACUUAACUCUAAAGGUGAUUUCAAUUACAUUUGAACAUUACUUACUGACAUACAAGUGUAAAGAGAAGGUAACCACAAUAAAAUAAAAUAGAACAGCGUAACACUCGCCACACUUUGAUGCCUGACAGUCACGUAAUGGAGAGGGAACAAGGUGUUUGUUAGCAAAGCGAUACGGUCAGCUAUUGACGCUUCAGAAGUACUGCUGGAAUUGUGUCUAGGCGGGCGACAGACCGCAUCUUUGUUCUUCCUUUGAGCAGAGGUUUAGCAAGGUCUUUGGCAUGACGUCACACACCAUGAUGGUUUGAACUCCAAGUUAUAAAUGUGGAGGCAUAUUUUUCCCGAAUUGAAUUUCAAAUUGUAUUACUUUAGGGACAUUCGACUUUGGAGGUUCUGCUGUACUGCAGUUGCUGUAUUUACACCAUGAUCUCUUGGAGAGAGUUUACAAUGGCCUUUCAAGAAGGGACAUCUUACUCACCAGGUCUUCACACAGUGGGUGGUGAGGUUAGACCCUGUGUGCUUAUGUAACCAAGUUGUGUCCAUCGGUCAUUCAAGUUCAAUUGUCAAUUUGUUAAUCUUUUCCAAACAUGCCCCAUUCUCUCCCACCUCACCUCCCCUUUCAUGUAAAAGAGUGAGCACAUUAAUAUUGGAAAUCAGAGUGCGAAAAGAAAGUAGGGGAUAGUAGAUGAAAGCCAAAUACAUGAAUAGAGCAAUGAUCUUGAGUUGGAGUGACAGUUGAACCAGAACCCCAGCGUACUCCAGUGCAAUGGAGACACUUGUUUUCUUCCUGAAACUGAAAGCCAUGAAAUGCACCAUGAUUUGUUUUCCUUCACAAAGAUUGGUGAGCACUUUGUUUGGUUCACACUGUUUGCUUUGACUUUAUCUCAUGUAUUAAUAGAGGCAACAAGAACAAAGAAAUGCAAAGCAAUUAUUGUAUUUUGUAGGCCGGAAAGAUUUAAGAACAUGGACAGAAGGAGGUGUGGAGUUAUGAAGUGUUGACCCACGUACGGGAUGAACUCCAUACUCAAACUGUACAGGAGACCCCGAAGCGAGCAAUGCCGCAACUGAGCUAUCGAGAUGUACACUGUGCCCUUUCAUUGAGAAGCAAUGAGUUCUAAUAUCUUAACUUUUUUUGUCUGAAUAUUGCAAUGCAAUGAACAUUUUUUUUGUUGUUGUUGUUUUUUUUGUUAGCAUUGUGACAUGUUGUCUGGAGUUAUACAGUACAUGUAAACUGGGAGCACGCAGACAGACUUUUUCUUCCAUAAGGAUUGCAAACCCUCCUAAGGGUUCCUAAAAGGGUUUGAGGGAGAGAGAAAGAGACAAAGCGAGGGUUUAGUGAUUGACCCUUCAUAUUAAAGGGCCUUUUUUUUUUUUUUUUUUUUUUUUUUUUUUUGCUUGAGUAAUCUCUGCUUUGGGAACAGGGUAUAACACCGGGGGCCUAGAGACAAAAGCUAUAGACUCACAACACUGGCAGAGUGGUUUUGUAGUUAGUUCUGUUUUUUGAUGCGUGAAACUCUUGUGAGCUUCAAGAAGAGGCUGGCCCUGUAGUCAGUGUCCACCGUUGUGCUCUUUUUGUCGCCGAAGCAAAUAUGAGUUUUUGCCAGUGAGGAACUAUUCCAGGGUCUGUGCUCUCCUUCCUGUUGGUACGUGUAGCAUACUGUCCCGUGUGCGUUCUCAUGUGUGCUGGGACCUGCUCGCUCCCUUUUGUCGAAUGCCACAUAGAGUUCAAAAGUGGCCUAACACUAUACUGGAAAAAGAAACCUGCACAUUUCAUCACCUGAUCCGGUGUUCCGCAAACAAGACAUUUGAAGCAAUCGUCAUGACUCAUGUUCAUUAUUCACAAAUGAAAAAAAUAAAAUAAAAUAGAUUCUUAUUUUCGGAGCUGGUGUUUCAUGUUAGCUGUGUUUAGGCUACUAGCCUUAGCCUUAUUCUGCCCUCUGUCUCUCCUGCAGGGGCAGAGAGAGAGACAGAGAGGCUAUGUUGUAACUUUGUCUUGCCAAUAAAGUUAUUUUUGAAUUUCA